AAGCCGGGUGUUUGUGUCCGUAGAGCACCUCAGACAAUAAUAUUUAUCUUCGAAAUAUAUUAUUCGUUUGUUUAUUUAAUUUCAUAUUCUAAACUGGAAUAGACCUUGUGCGGUCGUUUAAAGUUCGUCUUGAGAAUCAAAACCCAUCGAGCCUCGAUGAGAAGGGAUUUCUACAGGCUUCUAGACCGGAUCCCUCAAGUAGACCUUCCCUACAUCCAUCUCUACACGACGGAUUUCGGCCUCAACAUUGGAAUAACCCUCAAGAAAUACUCGCCUUUCGGAUUAUAAAAUGCUUCUAUCAAAAUUCAACACAUUCGCUCACAUUUCCACCGUGGACAUGCCGGCGAAAAUCCAGCUUCAAGUUAAGGAGAAAGAGCCGUUCGAGAAGGUGUAUCAGGUCGGCUCUGUGCUGGGAAGCGGCGGUUUUGGGACGGUGUAUGCGGGUUUGAGGAUCGCAGAUGGCGCGCCGGUUGCCAUCAAGCAUGUGGCAAAAGAUCGUGUUACUGAAUGGGGAGAGCUGCCCAAUGGCGCGCGCGUCCCUAUGGAGAUCGUCCUGUUAAAGAAGGUCGGCACCGGAUUCCGUGGCGUGAUCAAGAUGCUGGACUGGUACGAGCGACUGGACAGCUUCAUUAUCGUCAUGGAAAGACCGGAGACCGUCAAGGACUUGUUUGAUUUCAUCACGGAGAAGGGCGCGUUACCGGAGGAGCUCGCCAGGAACUUUUUCCGCCAGGUCCUGGAAGCGGUGCGUCAUUGCCACAACAACGGCGUCGUUCACCGUGACAUCAAGGACGAGAAUAUUCUCAUCGAUCUGCGAACCGGUGAUCUGAAGCUCAUCGACUUUGGAUCGGGGUCAUUACUCAAAGACACCGUCUACACCGAUUUCGACGGUACACGUGUUUACAGUCCACCAGAGUGGAUCAAAUUUCACCGCUACCACGGUAGAUCUGCGACCGUGUGGUCUCUGGGCAUCCUGCUGUAUGACAUGGUGUGUGGGGACAUCCCGUUCGAGCAGGACGAAGAGAUUGUACCGACGGAUUUCGGCCUCAACAUUGGAAUAACCCUCAAGAAAUACUCGCCUUUCGGAUUAUAA